CGCCGGCGGGAGGGGAGGCUAGUUACGCCGUGACUGACUCCGUCUGUGCCUUGUGAUCUUCGCGGAGCUCCAAGAAAGCCAUGCAGCCCAGUCGCCCCGCCGGCCUGUGCGCCGCUCUCCUGCUACUCUUGGUUGCCUCCGCGGCCGCCGAGUCGGUGAGAGAGACGGAGACCAUGGGCCCACAACUGUACACUGAAGAAUUUUCCUCAGGAGAUUUGCCAGAUGAUGAGGACUCAAGGCCUGACUUCAUCAUUGAGGAUGAAGAUAGUUUCUCAGGUUCAGGAGAUGAAGAAGGUUAUACAGACAAUGAUAGUGCAUUGACUUCAGCCCCUGAUAAUCCUAUGGACUCUGUGGACAACUAUAUCCCUGAUUCUAAUAAAGGGAUCAAGGAUAAAAUUGAGCCAGCUAUAGUAGAAAAUGAGAUUAUCCCCAACAGAGCUGGACCUCCUGAAGAAGACCUGUCCAACAAGAUCCCAAUGGCUAGCACAGCCAAUGGCAGCAUCUUUGAGAAGACAGAGGUUCUUGCAGCUCUUAUUGCAGGUGGAGCUGUUGGGUUGCUGUUUGCUGUCUUCCUGAUCUUUUUCCUGGUCUAUCGCAUGAAGAAAAAGGAUGAGGGCAGUUACGACCUUGGCAAGAAGCCAAUCUAUAAGAAAGCACCUACAAAUGAAUUCUACGCCUAGGGCUUGCCAGUGCCACUUACCCACUUGAAAGAAAUGAACGUUGUAAAAAUAAAAAAUAAAAAGCAUUUGGACCACGGACAAGAAGCUCUGAGCAAAUGCUCUCUCGGAUCUAAUGUCAGUGAUUUCUUACAAAAUCUUUCCUUGUGACCAUUCCCACUAACUUAGUAAGGAUGCAAAGUUAAAGAAAAAGCAGAGUUGUGCAGAGGAAAUCCCUGUAUGGGGUAGACGUGUGUUCUAAAAUGCAAAGCAAAUUUGCCAAAUUAUAUUUGGUUGGGUAAAAGUACUCUAACUUGCCUUGUUUUGUAGAAGGUGCAAAUCCUGUCUGUAAGAAGACAGUUCUGCAGCAGUCCAGCCAUUUAAGGCAUUUUUUUUUCUAUAAGGGACUUAUUUAUGAAAUCUCCUACACUACAGUGUAAACUUAAUCUUGGUUGAGAGCAAACCUGCUCCCUGCAGAGGUCAACGUUUCCAUGUAAUGUUUGGGUCUUUUUUUGAAGAAUGGCUUCAUGUGAAGAAAUGAUUCCUCCUUUUGGUAUGGAAGGGGCUUAGCAAUCUCCAAAAGCAAAACAUGGGGUGAUGUUGUCCACUUUCUAAUGGAGUUUGAAAAAAAAUACUUUUAUUUUAGAAAAGGGUUUCAUUAAAAAUAUAAGAUGGUAGAAAUACUGCCUGUCUAUGUAAGAUGGUAGAAAAUACUGCUAAAUUAAAAAUGUAGUUCUUUGUGACUUAAUUUUUCUUUUUGCUGGACAUCUCUUUAGAUGGCUAGCAUUUCAUAUCACUUAUUGCCUGAACUGAAGCAGCAGCUACAGUAUGUUACAGCUUUCUAAGCUUCUAUCGUAGGUUACUCGAGGCAAGUGAAAAGAGAAUAUUUAUAUAUUUUUCCAGAAUAAAAGCAAAUAUGUGUUUGAUUUUUUUUAAAUAGAACUAUUUAUAGUGUCUAAGAUGGCUGCUCUGUUUUUGGUAACUUCUUUUUAUAUGUAAAACACUAAUAUAAUGAAACUUCUGAUGAUUGUGAAAACUAUUUAAGCUUUAUUCUGUGUAUUAUAUCCUGAAGGCAAUAACUUCUGCUAGAAUUAAUGUUUAUAUGCAAAAUCAGAUUUUGAACAUAACUAAAAUAUAACGGGAGGGGGGGAACAGGUUUUUUUAGCUUUGUAAUAUAUUACCAGUACUAUAGAGCUAUAUUUUUUCAUUAAAGUGCACAGUUUUUAUAAAAGAAAACCACAUUGGGAUUUGUGCAGCUUUCCUACAUGGGUGGUGAAUUACUUUCUCUGAAUUGUGGAGUUUCUUUUAAUGUCUUCCUGUUCUGAAUCGCAGCUUGGCACAUGCUUAGUUGAUUGCUUUCCAGCAAUAGAUGCAUCUGUUGGCUCAAAGGGUAACACAGAACACACGUUGAAAGCCCCCGGUACACAUAGCGACUUCUCUCUGCAAGUCUCCCUUCUUAGGCAAACUCCAGGAGGCUGUAGAUUUUGUUCUGACUUUGCAGACUUAGUUGAGCCUGCUGGCCUUGAUAAUCCUGAGUGGCAAAUUGCUAUUGCCCAUAGAGAUUCUUUCAGCUCAAGGUCUGAAUUCCAUUCCCAAGAAGUUCUCAGGUGCUGCAUUCCAGUGUCGGGGCAGGGUGGGGGACGAAAAGGGCAGCCAAAAUACCAAAAACAAAAGCGUAAAGCUUUUAUUGUCAGUAGCCAAGUCUUGGAAGAUUCACCUCAGACUUUCAGAAUGGAGGGGAAGUGGCUUGAAAAGCCGGGAAACCAACAAUUUGUGACUGGGGAUAAAGGAGUGAGGCUACAUGAUGUGGCCUGUGGGGAACCCCAGAGGAACCCAAUCUGGCCUGCAGGCUUAAGGUUCUGCACCAGGUUUUUACCAAUUUGGCUUGCUAUGAUGACUGAAAAGGUUGGCAUGUCUCUGGGGAGAGCCUUGAUCAUCCAUGCUUAUUCUAGAAUGGUGUAAACCCUUUAGAGUGGUAAGUCAGUGCUGUCCAGAGCAGUGUGAGGCUGCCGGGUGCUGGCUCUAGUGUACUGGGGUAAGGGUGGGGAAGAGGCUCAGGGUCCUUAGGUUGCAUCAUGUAAGAUGCUGCCUUGGUGCAGCCAUCUGUGGAAUGGGGCUGUGCAGUUUUGUAUCACUGAGUUUACUAGGAAGUACUUAAGUCACUUCAGAGCCUUCUGAUUGCGAUGUGGCCCGAUUGCAUCAGCACUGACGUCUUGGCUGCUUCAAUUUUUCUUUUUGAGAACUGCCCAUUCAGCAGAGGGUAGAAGCAUUGUUUGAUUUAGCAGCUAGGGGAUGGGACAUCACACUGCACAACUUGAUCCCUAAUUACAUGGGUCCCACUGGAAUAUUGAACUCUUUCACUAUUUCCAUCCUUUGAGUUAAAAUGUGACAUUGUCUUUGGCCCUCUUUAAUGCCCUAUUAGUAAAAGUUCCUGGCUCUACCAAUAUCUGAUCCAAACAACUUAAGGAUCACACUUCUAUUUGUUACAUUUGGUAGUUUAUAUUUUUGCAUUCAGGCUAUAAUUUUAUCAUGUCCUUACGAGGUUGCUAGGCUGAACAGAUGGGUGCAGUUAAGUCUGUGUGAAGGAUUCCCAUUUGCAAUAAGCAUAAACCUAACUUCUGGAACUGUUUAAUUUUGGGGUGGAUGAGAAGGAGUGUCCACUUAAUGCUCUUCUGGAAUUGCUUGGAAAGCAUGAAUCCCAUGUCUUCCUCUGAUUGCUUGGAUUCCAUUUCUUGUACAUUUGCUUUUUUCACUGUCACUGAUUUGAUAAAAUAAACUGGUACUUUCUAAAA